CGACAGAAUCGAGUCAUUCGAGUCCCAUGCAACCCCAAGUUCGCUUCAAGGCAGCUCUUGAAAGCGUCCGUUCGUUAACGAAACCGAGAAAGGGGAAACAUGACAAAGAAGUUUGAAUUCAAUUGGCUGAUCGAGGUGCCGGAGCUGUUGAGAAAUGGCUCGGUAUUCGACCGAUGGUUCGAAGACAAGGAAUCGACGGAAUUCGAGCCGAAUUGUAUGUUUAAAGUCGACGAAUACGGAUUUUUUAUCUCUUGGAAGAGCGACGGCAAGGAUGGUGAUGUAAUCGAGUUGGCCCAAGUGAGCGAUAUUCGUUAUGGCGGCACGCCAAAGGAUCCAAAGUUGUGUAAUAAAGUGAGUAAACACGGGACCAUGGAACAAAUAGACGAGAAGAGCUUAACUAUCUGCUCCGGUAUCGAUUACACGAACAUUCAUUACCAACACGUUAUAUGUGCGGACGCACAAACAGCCAAGGACUGGCAGGCUGGAUUGCGAAAAAUUACGCAUAACACGAAAGCGUCGAACGUUUGCCCAACGAUUCAAUUGAUGAAACAUUGGAUGAGAUUAAGUUUCCAAGUGGAUUCAAAAGGAAAAGUGCCUGUGAAAGUAAUAUCGAAAACUUUUGCCUCUGGAAAAACUGAGAAACUCGUUUAUCAAGGUCUGUCGGAGUUAGGCUUACCUAGCGGGAAGAGCGAUAAAAUCGAACCGAAGGACUUCACCUUCGAAAAAUUCAAAACAUUGUACUUCAAAGUUUGUCCACGAAACGACAUCGAAGAACUGUUCCAAUCGAUAACAAAAGGAAAAUCAGAUACGAUCACUCUGGCUCAACUAGUGCAGUUUAUGAACGAGAAACAGAGAGAUCCUAGGCUCAAUGAAAUUUUGUAUCCUCUGUACCAUGAAAAACGAUGCACAGAGAUUAUUAAUGAUUACGAACAAGAUGAAAAAGCAAGGGACGCAAAAAGUUUCACUAAAGAUGGAUUCAUUCGUUAUUUAAUGUCCGACGAAAAUGCACCCGUGUUCUUGGACAAACUGGAGGAGUGGAUGGACAUGGACCAACCCCUUUCUCAUUACUACAUUAAUUCGAGCCAUAAUACCUAUCUAAGCGGCAGGCAGAUCGGUGGUAAAAGCACCGUUGAGAUGUAUAGACAAGUACUUUUAGCUGGCUGCAGAUGCGUGGAGCUCGAUUGCUGGGACGGAAAAGGAGAAGAUGAGGAGCCAAUCAUAACUCACGGGAAAGCCAUGUGUACCGAUAUUCUUUUCAAAGACGUCAUUAUUGCUCUAAGAGACACUGCAUUCGUUACGUCGGAAUAUCCUAUAAUUCUGAGUUUCGAAAACCAUUGCUGUCUGAAACAGCAAUACAAAUUAGCUAAAUACUGCGACGAGAUAUUGGGAGAUUUGCUGUUAAAGGAACCUCUAAAGGAUUACCCGCUUGAACCAGGACAACCGCUUCCACCUCCAAGCGCAUUGAAGCGCAAAAUAUUAAUUAAGAAUAAGAGGCUGAAGCCGGAGGUAGAGAAAGCCGAACUCGAGUUAUUCCGCUCCGGACAAUUCGAAGCGAAGGAUGAAGUGGUUGAAGAUCCUAACGCACCUGCGCCACCACCACAGGAACCAAAGGAAGCACCACCGGAACCUCCUCCAGGUGAAGGUGGUGCACCAGCCGAAGGAGGUGCUGAAGGUGAAGCACCACCUAUCCAGUACACCGGAAGUACCAUGGCUUGCCAUCCUUGGCUGUCCUCAAUGAUAAAUUAUGCGCAACCGAUAAAGUUCCAGAGCUUCGAAGCUGCGAUAAAAAAGAACAUUCAUCAUAACAUGUCCUCGUUCUCGGAAACCGCAGCGUUGAAUUAUCUGAAAACGCAUUCGGUGGAAUUCGUCAAUUACAACAAACGUCAAAUGAGUCGAAUUUAUCCGAAGGGUACGCGCGCCGAUUCCUCGAAUUAUAUGCCGCAGGUCUUCUGGAAUGCUGGCUGUCAGAUGGUAGCAUUGAAUUUUCAAACACCAGACUUGCCAAUGCAGCUAAAUCAAGGAAAAUUCGAAUUCAACGCAACAACCGGCUACUUAUUAAAGCCAGAGUUCAUGAGGAGGUUAGAUAAAAUUUUCGACCCGUUUUCUGAAGACGUGGACGGUGUUAUCACUGCUCAAUGUUCCGUCCAAGUGAUAGCAGGACAGUUUCUGUCUGAGAAGAAAGUGGGCACUUACGUCGAAGUAGACAUGUUCGGUCUGCCGGCAGACACCAUCAAGAAGGAAUUUAGAACGAGAAUGGUUCCAGCGAACGGCUUAAAUCCAGUUUACAACGAGGAACCGUUCCUUUUCCGAAAAGUUGUGCUCCCAGACUUAGCAGUGCUCAGAUUUGGCGUGUACGAAGAGUCCGGCAAGCUGUUGGGUCAACGUAUUCUGCCAUUGGAUGGCCUUCAGGCUGGAUAUAGACAUAUCUCGCUGAAGACCGAAGCCAAUUUUCCUAUGGCACUGCCGAUGUUGUUCUGCAACAUUGAGCUAAAGAUUUACGUGCCCGAUGGAUUCGAAGACUUCAUGCUUGCCCUGUCUGAUCCGGGCGGAUUCAGCAAGGGAGCGGAAAAACAAACCGAGACGAUGAAAGGGCUUGGAAUCGAGCAAACCGACGCGAAAGCCGAGGCGAAGAAGAAGAAAGAGGAGGAGGCUAAGAAGGAGGAGUUUAAAGCCGAGCCUAUUACGGUAGACUCGCUACGACGAGAAAAAACCUUCAAGCAGGGUAAGAAACAGCUAAAGGAAUUGGACACGAUGAGGAAAAAGCAUCAGAAGGAGCGGCAGACGAUGCAGAAGAACCAUUGCGCCACCAUUGAUAAAUUGGUAAAAGGGAAAGACAAAAACGCGUUAAUCCAAGACGCCAAUGUGAAAAAAGCUAUAAGCGAGCAGACCGCUCAAUGGUCCGCCAUGGUGGAAAAGCAGCGGAAGGAGGAAUGGGAGCUAUUGAAGAUUCAGACGGAGAGCGCCAGGGAAGAGUUCAAAAAAUUAAUUGAAGUGGUGCAAGCAGCGCAGGUGAAGCAAUUGCAAGUGAAACAUGACAAAGACAUAAAGGAUAUGAAUGCGAAUCAAGUAAAGGCAUCUGUGGAAACAGCGAAGGAAGUAAUGAGUGACAAGACGCUGAAGUCGAAAGGUGACAAAGACCGUCGACUCCGCGAGAAAAAGGAGCAAAACACGAAGAAGUUCAUGCAGGAAAGGAAAACUGUGCAGAUCAAGCAAGGUCGUGAGAAGGAGAAGUUGACGAAAACGCACGAAAAACAAGUAGCUGAACUGGACGGCGAAAUUACCGCGACCAUCGAAAUGUACAAGAACGAAGCAGUCCAUUGGGACCUGUCGUCUAAAGCAGAAUUUUUUGUCUGAAUCGUGAAUGUUAAUCCAUAUUUCCUCGUGAUAAUAUAUAGAUUACUGAAGAAUACUCUUCUAUGCAUUUCACGGCAUAUUUUUUCCUCGUAUUCAGUUCAUCUAUUUGCGCUUUAUUGAUUGCUACACUGCUUUCGGUUCUAACUUCUCGAAUUAUUUGAACGAACAUUUAUGUACAAACGGUCCGUUUGAUAUGAUUUCACUAGAUAACGAAUCUAUUUACAUGUUUCUGAAUAGCCUUGUAAGACAUUCGGCGACCAGAAUUUUCGGCGAACGUCUCCAGAUUCUAUUUAUCGUUAUUCGUUCUUUCAUAUUUUUGAUAAAUAUUUAUUUGUAAUGUUUUUAUAUAUAACUGUGUGUAUUAAUGUUAAUUAUUAAUAUAAUUAUAUUAAUUAUCGCUAUACCGCUUUCAAAUAUUAUAUUCCGACUGUAAUUAUAACGUCAUGUGAAUUUUCAAGAGCAAUGUUACGUUCUAAUAAAUAAUAUUCAGCAGCUA